UGACACUCAACGCGGCGCCGUCGCUCUUGUACGCCGACGUCGCCCGCAUCUACUACGGCACGCCCAACGGCAAUCAGAUCUGGCUCCUCUCGCUCGUAAUGCUCGGCAACUUUGUGGCGUACGCCUCGCUGCUGCUCCUUCUGAGCGUACAGCAUGUGCCGUCGCCGACGUCGCGGCUGGUGCCGUUCUCGACACCAAUCCUGCUCUACGCUACGACCGUCAGCGUCGUUCUCUGUCUAAAUCCCGAGUUUGCAACUGUCAGCAAUGCUUUUUAUGCUGGGGCGUGGAACCUCCCGCUCACCAUCAACGGCGUCGACCGCCCCGCCGGUGCCUACGACAUGGCGAGUGUCCCGUCGGCGGCAUCGCUCUUGCUGACACACAUGCUGUAUCCUGCGCUCGUGUCGAUACUGGCCUCGAUCGGUUUGGCCACGGCCCACCGCUACGUUACGUGCCGCAGUUGGUCGAUCAGCACGACGUGGACGGCGACCAAUGCGUUCUUGCUCGCAACGCGCAAGCCAAGCUACCUCACGAGCUUGCCGUUGGGGCAAGAGGCUGCGAUCACGAUCGGCAACAAGUGCUUUUGCAAGCCGAGCACCCAGGCCAUCCUCGGCUACGCAACCGUGACGCAAGGGACGUCGACAAAGGUGUUUGCUGCUACAACGACCCAGACUGAGACGCGCGGGGGACCGUCGUCGAGCUCGGUCGCCGCGCUGCCCAAGGCCAACGCGCCAGUCGCGCUUGUGCUCAGCACGUACCAACUACUGCCCGUGCUACUCGGAUGCCUUCGACCGCGGCCUUUUGGGUCUGUGGCCGCCAACCAGUUUGUUUCGACCUCGGACAGCGGAAAUAGCGACCACGCGACCAAGCGCUUUGUGUACAGUCGCGGUUUCUGCGUCAACUAGGACGCAAAGAGUUGAGACACGUUGUCCAUUCUCUAAAGAAAAGGUGUGUACACAGUCCGUGUGCACACGCCGCGCGGCCGUGGAGCGCGA